AUGGCCAAGAAGCAGAAGCUCUUCUCCGCCCUGCUCUCCUUCAUCCUCCACGGGACUAGGCCUCCGAUCUCCAGCCGGGUCACUGCCACCGCCAUGACUGAAUCGUCACCGCACCCUUCCUCGCUGCACCACCUCGGCAGAUCCUCACAUCCUCCCAUGGCAGAGAAGAUCGCCGCCGGGCGAACCCUCGUCCUCGACGUCGACGCCGCGCUUCUCCUCCCGUCGUCGUCAUCCCUCUUCCCCUACUUUAUGCUCGUGGCUCUCGAGGCUGGAGGAUACCUACGAGGCCUCGUACUCCUCCUCCUCUACCCAAUCAUCUUAAGCAUGGGCCGCGCCAGCGAUGUGGCAGUGAGGGUGAUGGCCAUGGUGGCCUUCUGCGGGCUGCGCGCGAGCCGGUUCCGUGCCGGCCGCGCCGUGCUACCCAAGUGGUUCAUGGAGGACGUGGCGGCUGAAGGGUUCGAGGCGAUGAGGAUGAGCAACGCCACUGGCGGGCGGAGAGUGUGCGUGACGAGGUGGUUGCCGAGAGUGAUGGUGGAGGGGCUCCUAAGGGAUUACCUCGGCGCCGAGGCUGUCGUCGGAAAGGAGAUGAAGGUGCUGUGGGGGUUCUACACUGGUCUAAUGGAGGAAGAAGACGAGGUGGUGUUGGAAGAGGAGAAGAAGAUCAUGGCGGAGGGUGAUGAUGCUCUGGGAUUCUGCGGGUCGUUAGAGUUUCUCUUGCAUCCUCUUUCACGUUCUUGCAAGGAUAUAUACCUCGCGACAAGAGACGACAGGGCCACGUGGCAGGCGCUGCCGAGGAGCAAGUACCCCAAGGCCGUGGUGUUCCAUGACGGCCGUCUCGCGUUCCGGCCAACCGCUGGCAGCACGCUCGCCAUGUUCAUGUGGCUGCCCUUCGGCGUUGCCCUUGCCUCCGCCCGCCUCACCGUCGCGCUCACCGUGCCAUAUCGAUAUUCCACGCCGAUCCUGGCGGCCACCGGCAUGUCAUGGCGGCUCAAGGCCGGCGAGCGGCCACCGCUGCAGACCGCUGGCGUCGAGCGAGGUUGCCGGCGCGGGCAGCUGUUUGUGUGCAACCACCGCACUCUCCUCGACCCGGUGUACGUGUCAGUGGCGCUGGACCGACCGGUGCGCGCCGUGUCGUAUAGCCUCAGCCGCCUCUCGGAGCUCAUCUCGCCAAUCGGCCGCACCGUGCGGCUGACACGAGACCGCGACGCCGACGGACGUGCCAUGGGCCGACUCCUGGAGAGUGGGGACCUCGUCGUCGUCUGCCCCGAGGGCACCACCUGCCGCGAGCCGUACCUGCUCCGGUUCAGUCCACUUUUCGCGGAGCUCAGCGACGACGUGGUCCCCGUGGGUGUCGCCGUCGAGACGGCCAUGUUCUACCCCACCACGGCGGGGGGCCUCAAGUGCCUCGACCCGUUCUUCUACAUGGUCAACCCGAGGAUGUGCUACACGGUGCAGUUCCUGGAGCGGGUGCGCACGGCGGUGGUCAGGGAGGGGAAGGUGCCGAGCGCCGACAUGGCCAAUCUCGUACAGAAGAAGAUCGGAGAUGCGCUCGGAUACAGCUGCACUAUGCUCACCAGGAAGGACAAGUACCUCAUGCUCGCCGGCAACGACGGCGUCGUCCGCAAAGUAGACGGCAAGUGCUCGUCUGCUCCAGCGGGGAGGACUGACAAGUGA